UCUUUCUUUGUUCCAGCAGAGACACGCAAAUACAUGGCUUGCGAAGAAACUACCACCUGAGCACUGCUACUGGAAUUCAACGAAUAAGUAACAUAUAGCCUAUAUAACGUGUAUAUUAACAAUAUAUAUGUUAUACUAUAGUGGAAUGAAUGUUGAUUUCACUUUGCUUUGGAGAUGGCCACCGGAAUAUGUGAAAAGUGUGCACAACUGCUAAAGGACUUCGUUGCUUAUGUAAAGAGAUUGCCAUCUGAACUUGUACAGAAGAUAACGGAGUGUAUAAAGAACCUGUCAAGAUGUAGCUGUCUGCGGAGGAAGAGAGCAACUGUUGCAUCCUAUAUCUCAGAGCAGCACGAGAGACAGGCUGCUCGUGCACUACUGRACCACCUGGACACAGUGGAUUAUCCUCUACCUGUUGCUCUCCUGGAGCCAUACACAGCCCUACUGCUCUCUAAUGACAUGGAGGUACAGAGGAUCACCACUCUGUCCCUGGUUCAUCUGCUAGUGAAGAACAAAGUGAGUAAGGAGCAGGUGAUUGAGACAGGGAUGCUGAUGCCCCUGCUAGAGAUGCUCCAGUCUGGGGACCCCACUGUCCAGUGUAACUCCUGCCAAUGUAUUGCCUCACUGGCCUCCUCAGACUCAAACCGGGAAGCUAUCGUGUCAGCUGAAGGGGUGAUUCCACUACUGGUUUUAGCCAAGUCUUACGAUCCCCAAGUCCAACAGAAUGCAGUCUGGGCCCUUUUAAACCUCACACAGUCUGAGAGGACGAUGGGAGUGUUAUGUCAAGAAGGAGCCAUUCCUGUACUGGCACUUCUGUUGCAGUCCUCCAACUAUGAGGUCCAGUUCUACAGCUGCUCUGCCCUGAGCAAUAUAGCCACUGUCCCGGGCCAUCAUCCCAAAAUGUUGGGCAUUGGAGACCGUUUUUUGUUGAAGUCUCUGCUGACACUCAUGUCCUCAUCAGUGCAGAAGAAUGCAUCCCAAGCUUGCAGAUGCCUCCAAAUCCUUUCAGGGAAUGUUGUGACCCAGGAGCAGCUGAUGUACCUGAACUGUGUGUUGCCUCUGAAGGCCCUGCUGUGCUCUGCUACUCCCCCUCUGACUGAGUCUGCUAUAGCACUACUGUCUGAGCUAGCCACACACCAACCCAAUAGAGAUGGCCUGGUGAAUGAGGGCCUGGUACAGGUGAUAGGCCAGCUGCUCCUCUGUCACAGAUCCAGCUCCAUCAUCAACCACAGUGUUGUUACCAUCACCAACCUCAGCAGCACCAGCGAGGGACAGCAGGCUGUUAUGGACAGUGAGUGUGUAACGGGACUUCUCAAGGCCCUUGUGUCCAGUGUGACCUCAGAGGAGACCGUUCUGUGUGUCACUUCCUGUUUACAUCACCUGACAAGCUGGGACUUACUUCAGUCUCAUUUGGCCACAAAAAUUACUCCUGAACAUGUUUCAAGUCUGGUGAAGUUCUCUGCACAAAUGGACAAUCUAGAGCUGUCCUAUAGGUCUGCUUCCAUCAUCAGCAAACUAAAGAUGAACGAACAUGUCAUUCAACUACUGACGCCACAUUACGCUGCCAUCUCUGAAUAUCUCCUGAUGUACCUCAAGAACCAGGAAGUGCGAUUCCAACAGCUGAGUAUUGUUACUCUAUGCAACCUCAAGAAUGACGGAGAGUUUUCAGUGCUGAUGAGUGGUAGUGUGCUGGAGAAGCAGCUAAAACGGGUGCAUGCACAGACGGAGCAGACCAGGCAGUUACUGCAGGCGAUUCAGAUGCCUCCAUCCUCCUGACCUGUCCACUGGAGCUGUCUCUGCUUCAGGACACGGGCUGACACCUCUCUGCUUCAGGACACGGGCUGACACCUCUCUGCUUCAGGACACGGGCUGACACCUCUCUGCUUCAGGACACGGGCUGAACCUCUCUGCUUCAGGACACGGGCUGACACCUCUCUGC